GCUUUGGGGCGCAGUCCAAGUGGAGUACGCGCGUGCUCGUCCUGCUGCUUUUGCCGGUCUUGCUCGCCUGCAUUCUGCUUCACGCACUCGUCCGAGGGGUCGUCAACGGUCUCUUGUCGUCCAUUCAUCUCGCGUGGCGAUGGACACGUGUUCUCGUGCGACAGACGUGGCGCGCUCUUCGGGCCAUCUAUGCCUUUGGGCUGGCGACCGCUGAUGCCGUGGUGGCCACGAUACGAGCUGUCGCAGCAUGUUUUCUUCACAUUUUCGCUGAGAUCAUUCCGGAUGGUGUCACCUACCUCCGCGUCUCGUGCCUCUCGGGGCUGCUCUCGGCGGUUCUUUUCGCCGAACGUCUCCCACGAUGCUGCUACGACGGCAUCUGGCGCUGCCUUUGCGUCCUUCGCCAUCUUCGGUUCCGUCGACUUGGACAAGUCAUCCUGACCGUCGCGGAAGCGGCGUAUCCCGUUCUCGCUGCCGGCGCCGACAAAGUGCUCGACGGACUCGUCGCAGUCAAGCGCUGCAUCGAAGCAGCUAUUGCCUGCCUUCGGAUGCUCACCGCCUCGGCAUGGUGCUGGGCGACAACCACCGCACUUUGCCUCGUCCAUACCCUCAUCCACCGCGCGCAGGCGAUGCUCGCUUGGCUUGGCAACGUCGGCUAUGAUCUCUGCAUGCGUAUCGUGUUGCCACGGCUGCAGUCGCUCGCGGUGGCCGCCUGCACAGUUCUCGAACGCACCUACGCAUGGCUCCAACGCGCUCCACGACGGCUCUACACCGUGUGUAGCAUCCUUGUUCGAAAGCUCAUCUCGCCAUUCUUGCAAGGUUUCUACUGCGUCCUCUACCAAGCCGUGGACAUCACUUGCACCGUGCUCCUCAUAUUGGAUCACAAGCUCUAUAUUCUCCUCCUCCUCAUGCGCGAUGCCAUUUUGCGUCCGCUCGCACGUGUGAUGCAAACCACGGCCCGCUACGUCGGUCGCACGGUACGGCGGGUACUGGCUCGCAUCGCCUGCCCCCUCCAGCGUCUCUUGAAAGCCACGGCCACCGCACUCGGGCGUCUGUGGCGCUGCCUGGUCGCCAAGGCCCUGCGAUGUCUCGACGUUCUUGUCGCCACAAGCCUUCGCAUCAUCGCCCGCUGCGUCCGAGCGUUCUGGCGUCUCUGGCGCGGUUUGCACUCCCUUGUCGUCGGGCUUCUCGAUUUUGUUUUCCGCCUUCUCCUUGUCUGCAAGAAUGUGUGCACGUCGCCGCCCAUGAUGGCGCUGUAUGCGUCGGUGAAGGCACUCCUUGCGGUCUUCUACGCGUCGCUAAUGGCGUGCCUUGCAGCAGUCUACGCGUCAUCGUUGGAUUGUCUUUCUGCUGUCUACACUGCGAUGCGGUCUGCGGGCGCCUGGGCGUCGACGGUCACGGUAGCAACGUGGCAAGUGGCAGUGACGACGGCUGAAUCGGUGGCGCACGUCACAUCGGUCAUUGUACGGCAGCUCCUCGACGUCGUCUCCGCCAUCGUGUUCGCGGCGGUGCAAGUGGCCUAUGAUGUGGCUGGUGAAGUCCAGCGCAUGAGCUCUUUUGGAUCCAAGGCACCGUAGCUCAUUCACGUAGCCACUGGAACCUAUUUAUCAUGAGCACAAAGUAGUAUACAUUGAUUUAGACUUUC